AUGGCUGAUGGCGGCGCUAUUCGCGUCGCAUUCCUUCCUGAAGGCAUCAGCUUGGUGGAUUGCGUGGUGGAUGCUCACUGCGGGUUGGUCGGCGGUGGUGGCGCGGCCGACUUCUGCUGGUAUUUUACCAAUCUUGAUGACAUCCCUGGUAAUUCUUUCACUGACGCAAGGGACAUUCUUUGUAACAGCGCGGUUGCCGACCACCUGUCUCUGUCUGCCGGCACACACCACCGCAUCCGGGAGUCUGACGUGUUCAUGACGGUCGGAGGUACAGGCGCGAUCACUGCCAUCACCAUGGUGCUCGGUGGGUCUCCCGGGGCUAACAUCCUGCUGCCUCGACCGGGCUUUACCCCCUAUGAGGCAGCCUGCGAGCUUGUCGGUGCCGAGCCUCGGUUCUACGACCUCCUGCCCCGGCAAGGCUGGGAGGCCGACCUUGCAGGAGUACGUGCCAUGGCUGAUGGCGCCACGGCAGCCAUAGUUGUCAUCAAUCCAAACAAUCCUUGUGGCGCUGUCUACUCUACGCAGCAUCUUCUCCAGAUUUCUGAAACUGCAAAAGAGUUGGGGAUUCCAGUAAUAGCGGAUGAGGUAUAUGCACAUAUGGUCUUUGGUGCCAGCAAGUUUGUGCCCAUGGCCUCAUAUGCACACAUCGCACCAGUUAUCACUAUUGGAGCCAUCUCAAAGAGAUUCAUGCUACCAGGAUGGCGUCUCGGUUGGUUGGCAUUCUGUGAUCCUAAUGGUGCAAUCAAGCAUGUCAGAACUGCAACUGAGAUGCUACUGAACGUGACUUCAGGACCAGCCUCGAUCAUUCAGGCAGCAGUUCCCAAGAUUCUUUUGGAUGAACAUGACGAGUUCCACCAGAAUGUUGUGAACUUGCUAGAGUCUGCUGCUGAUGCUCUCUACAGAAGAGUGAACCAGAUUGAAGCUCUGCAAUGCUACUCAAAGCCUCACGGUUCAAUGUUCAUGAUGGUUGAAAUCAACACUUCACUUCUGUUCGGCGUUGCAGAUGACAUGGACUUUUCUCACGAAUUGAUCAAAGAAGAAUCAGUUCUUAUUUUACCUGGUUCUGUCCUUGGGUUGAAGAACUGGGUUAGGAUAUUCUUUGGGGCACCUGUUCAUCUAAUACUGGAAGCCUGCGAUAGGAUUGAGUCAUUCUGCCAGAGAAGGGCAGGUCAAGCAAAACUAUUGAAAAAAACGUUCUGAAACCACCAUAUAGGGUUUUUGUUAGCUCAAUAACAUUUAUACGGCCUCUGAUUUCAGUUCUCAGAUGCAUAUUUUAUGUCAUACAGCUGAAAUUUGUAUAUAGAAUCUGAGGAACGGUUACCAGAUAGUGUGUAGCAGAAUAAAAGUCUGCAACAAAUUUACAGAAUAAAGGUUUUCUCAAUAAUAAGCAUUCCUUAUUACUGCAUAGCAGCAAUA